UCGCGGACUCUGCGUCGCGCACCACUGCUGAGACACACACACACACACCGAGGAAGGGAGAAAGCGAGAGAGAGGCGAGGUGUAUCAGCUACUUCCCCCCUCCCUCGCCCCCUCGCUACCCUCCCUCCCUCCCGCGCAGGCAGGCAGGCAGGCAGGCAGGCAAGCAGGCAGUCCAGGCACGAAGGCAGGGAGGCUUGUUUUCGUUGUUGGCGAGGGGACAACUUCCUGCUGCAAAAAAAUAAUCCUUCAUGGCAGUCGUUUUGCUGUCCAGCUGCGUUUUCCUGAGCAAUUGAAUCGUCUCCUCUCCCACUGUCGCUCGGUGCCGUGCGAUAUUCAUCAAAUACCUGGAGCUAAGAGGAGGAGGAAGCGGGCAGGAAGGGAAGGGUAAGGUCCAUCUAGUUUUGUUAGGAAAACCGUUUGUCAAUCCAAGCUUGUAGCAAUCCAGAAGCUGACGCACAUUUUCGGUUUAGCUAAAGAAGUCGACAGUGGAACUCAAGGAUGUUCGCAGAUUGAGGGUCGAGUAGACUCGGGGAGAGGUACAGAGCUGGGCCAGGUGUUGAAUCGCCGUCACCAUUUCCGCCGUCGCGACUCUUCAUUUUUGGUUUUUUGGUUUUUGGUUUUUGGUUUUUUUGGCGGCGACGCGAUGUUGUUAGGCGACGGGGAAAAUCUCGGGCGUCUAGGUUUGCGAGGCUGGCUGAUGCGGUCGCCCUCGCCCUUGUCGAAUUGCAGCGGGAUCAGGCGGUUUGGCCUGUUCGGUGUCUAGGCGAGGUUCUCUGAAACUAGGUCUACAGCAGAGACGGGAGAGAUGAUUGAGGAGGAGCUUUCUCAAUAUGCGUGAGGAAUCUGCUGGCUGCCUAGCCAUUUUCCGAGACUUACCUUCUUCCAGGAGAUUGCUUGCUGUGGACGUCUUCCUCAUUGUGUUGAAUCCAAGCCCAUCCCCAGACUGGACGGGUGUUUAGCAGAUUUCUUGUUCUACAGCAGCGACGCUGUUCUCGCUCGCGCAAUGUUUAGUAUCAGGCUCGUCAACUGUGGAGGAGAGCUAUUUUAGCUUCAUUCCACUCUUUGUCUUGCUCUUCCGUCGGGAAUGUCUAAAACCCUGAGCAAGUCGUCCAGCGUUCUCGUGGACUAGGACUUGUGCUCAUUGAAGUUCAAACUCAUACUAUAAACUUCAAUUCAGAUGUGCUCGAAUGACUACUGAUCCAGGAGUUUUCAGUGACGCCUGCGACUGUUCAAGUAGGACUACUAUGUCGAGCUGGAGACACGAUCUUUGUGAUCCAUAUAGAAUGCCUCCACAAUCGCUUCAACGCAUGGCGCAUGAGCAGAACAAAUAAGUGAAACUACAACAUUUAUACAGCUGCUGUAUUUUUUAGAGGUUUCACUGAUGGAGUUGUUGAGGUGUUUUCGAGGACUAGUGUAGGGACGGAGGUUCCAAAGGGACAGUGUCACUGCCUGCUAUCCACACUCAUUGUUAAUCUAUUCGUGUUGGUUUUGGUGGUCAGUUUCGGAGACGAUGACGACGGAACUUCUGCUGACAGGAAUGCAGGAUUCAGCUGAGUUUUUGCAACACACAGGGGGUGGAGGCAUGAGCAGGAGCCCCCACGGUGGAGGGAUGGCGGGUGUACCCAGUCAAGGGUUGCACACACCAAUAGCUAUUCGACCUCCACCACCGCCAUCACCCGGUAUUACCCCAUCACAGGGUGGCACUCCAGGCAUUAGCAGCGCUGUGCCGAAUAGUAGCCCGUCCGGUCCUCUUCCAAUCAUGGCUGUGGCUCCUCCGUCAAGCGCAGGAAUGAGCAUGGCUAUGGUUGGCCCGAUUGCUGGGGAUGAAAGCAGGAGUGGUAGUGCGGCUGCGACUGCCACUGGGCCUGAACAGUCUCUCAAGAGGAAGAGAGGGAGGCCUCGUAAAUUUUCUACUGGUGAAUCUUCACCAAUUCCUAGUGGUGCUUAUCCCGUGUUUCCAGCGCUAAUGCCUGGCUCAUCAUCGCCGUACACGCCCUCUGAAAAGCGAGGAAGAGGUCGCUCACAGUUUUCUGGGAAGAAUCAGCAAUUAGCUGCUCUAGGGGUUGUUCUAGCGGGUACAGGACAAGGUUUUACGCCUCACAUUCUGACUGUGAAUACGGGAGAGGAUGUCGCCACAAAAAUCAUGCAAUUUGCUCAGCAUGGUCCACGCGCAAUGUGUGUAUUGUCAGCCAACGGUGCUAUUUCCAAUGUAACCUUACGCCAGCAGUCAUCAUCAGGAGGCACUGUGACUUAUGAGGGGCGCUAUGAGAUACUUUCUUUGUCAGGUUCGUAUCUACCCACGGAUCUUGGUGGUGGCGCGCGGCAACGGACAGGGGGCUUGAGUGUCUCUUUGGCAGGUAUUGAUGGGGGUGUGAUUGGUGGCGGUGUUGCUGGAAUGCUCACUGCAGCCUCUCCCAUACAGGUGGUUGUAGGGAGUUUCCUUUCUGAUACUUUUAGAAAUAAACCAAGACCCGACUCUCCAUUCAGCGCCGCACUUGGAAGGUCACCUGGAGUUGGAUCACCUCUUGGAUCCUUUUCUGGAACUCCGCGUCCUACACCACCGAGACCUGAACCCAAACCAAGUCCAGCAUCUGGUCCUCAGCAAGCAUCGCCUGAUACUCCAACUGGUCAAUCGUCCGUGCAGAGGCCGCAAGCCAUGAGUAUCUUCCAACCGACAACUUGGCAGUUUCCACUGGUCCCAGGAGAUGGUCGGAAGACUGAUAUCAACAUCUCCUUGCCAGAUGGAUUCAGUUGAGUUGAAAAGGACAGAAUGACUAGUUUCUUGCUGUUUCCGACUGGGACCUAUACAACAUCCACACAACUUUUUGGUCUUCCCUUUCCUAAAAGGAAAUGGGUUUGUUGCAGUACCGAGCACUAGUGAACAUACAUGAUCUUCUUGCUGAUCUGGUUGACUGUUAGAGAUCAGCCAGGCUUUCACAGAUCCAACAGUCCCCACCGCUGGCAUCAUUGCACAGCUGAUGGAAAGAUGUCUAAAAGCAUUGCUUUGGGAUAAAAGAGGAAGGGGUAAUUUCUAAUUUGAAAAUUUUCAUAACAAGCUCUCUGUGAAUACGACGUUUGAGUUAAUUGAAGACGAAACAAGUGGGUGGAAUCGUAGAGUUGGUCCCUAAGGUGAGCUUUCAUGUAUUGGUCUAGCUGAGGACACCAUUAUUAGUUUGAAUUCCUAUCCACCAGCUGUAGCUUUACAUCUGUUUGAACAUUCGACCAUAGACAGAUAUUUAUUUAUGCAACUUUCUUCAAUGGGGGUUGUAUUUUUGAGGAUUAUCAUGCCAUUCAAGGCAUAUCUAGCAGGACCUAGUCUCGAGAUAGUUCGUGUAAUGCUGAACUAUGCUUGGACCAUGUAGAGAUUGGCCGGAAAGUCGUAUACAGUUGGCUUCAAUUUCCUUUUGCAGUUAAAGGAUUUUUUUAGUUCCAUUAUUAUCUUA